UGCUAUUGGUUAAUAGAGCUCGCCCACCGCAGGGAUACCGACUGGACUGUUAUGAAGGGCCUCCACCAACGUUCCCGUAAACAUUAUGCUUGUAAUUAGUUAAGCGACAACAGCCAUAAAUAUAUAUUUCUACAAUUUCUUGUUGGAGGUCAAACAAUUGGUAGCCUGAACAGUUCGGUAGCUAUCAACUUUGUUGAGCCACUGUUAAACAUGUCCGUCGGAGGUGUCAUUCGCGGACCCGCAGGAAGUUACGACUGUCAUAUAUACGUGGGAAACCUCCCCCCUGAUAUCCGCAACAAAAACGUGGAGGACGUCUUCUAUAAAUACGGAAUCAUUCGAGAUAUUGAUCUGAAGAACCGGAGAGGAGGACCGCCAUUUGCUUUCGUGGAUUUCGAGGACCCGAGGGAUGCAGAAGAUGCGGUUUAUGGACGUGAUGGUUACGACUAUGAUGGCUACCGUCUGCGUAUUGAGUUCCCUCGAAGUGGACGAGGUGGUGGUGAUGGUGGUGGUGGAGCUUUAGGAACCACAAGAGGAAGAUACGGUCCUCCGUCAUGGCGCUCCGAGUACAGAGUUAUUGUCUCAGGUUGGUCUUCCCCCAGUGGAAGCUGGCAGGACCUGAAGGAUCACAUGCGAGAGGCAGGUGAUGUAUGUUAUGCUGAUGUGUACUGUGAUGGCACCGGCGUAGUGGAGUUUGUACGCAAAGGAGACAUGACCGACGCUGUCCGUAAAUUGGAUAACACCAAGUUUCGCUCUCAUGAAGUAGGUUAGGGUUACAGUAAGGAAUCGCUCUAGGAUUAGAUUUUGGCAUUGAAACUGUUUGUUUAAGGUAAGUCUUGAAGUGAAACAUAGAGCAGGUUAAGUGGGGAAAAUGGGCAUUAGGGUGAAGACAACUGGACAGCAAAGGUCAGUUUAUAUUCAUGCUCAAUGUUGUUGCUUUGUCAUUAUACAGUGUAAACCUGUCAUUCCUGCCACUGCAAGGUUCUGGAUUGAUAAAGCUUAUCUCUGAUGCUCUGAUGAAGCUCAACACUGGGAGAGACGGACGGGGAGAGAGACGGACGGGGAGAGAGAUGGACGGUCCUCGCAGCCCCAGCUACGGGUUGUUCCCGCUCUCGUAGCCGCAGUCGAAACAGCAGCAACAUUGGCUCACGCAGCUUCUCCCCGCGUCACAGCAGAGGGACUCCACGUUAUUCACCCCGGCAUUCCCGCUCACGCUCUCGCACUUAAGGCACACAUGACCUUAAUCAAACCACCAGCCAGCAAUGCAUCUAUGAGCGGAGAAGACAAACUUCACAGAACACAUCCUUGACAGUCUCCAUGGACCAUUUGAUAUAGUUCAGAGGAGCAGGAUAGGAUGGAAACAGAGGAAAAGGAAACACAGUUUAUAUUAAGAUAAACAGGAGGAGGAAUCAAAUAUGGCACCAAUGGUUUGGACUGGGCUCAUUGUCUCUCCAUUCCGGAGCCGGAUCAGGAUUCAGGAUCAGAUCAGGAUUAGGAUUAGGCUUCAGGAUGGAUACAUGGAGCAGGAGCAUGGGAGCAUUUUACUGGGAGAGGAUCCCGACCCCUGGCUCUGUCCACGUGACCAUAUUUUUUUUUCAUGUGGGGCCUCAGAGACACAAUCACUGAUGACAUCUUGAUGAGUGAUGAGUGUUUUUUGAUAAAAACAUUUUUUUAUUAAGUGGAGCAAAGCUUGGAUCAAAUCCAGGAGGAGGGCUGGGAGGUGCAGGAUGGAUCCAUGCACGUAAGGAGAAUAGUAAAUAGUGGGCAACCAUUAACAGUGGAGGAGGGAGGGAAAAGGGAGGGAAGAGGGAAGGGGUGUGUAGGGGAAUGUUACCUUAAUAUGUUUUCUCUUAAAUGAGUCUUCUGCUGUAGAAGAUUACUUUUAAUUUUGCUAGGUAUAAUCUUCACUAUCUUGUGUUUUUCUCUUCAAUAAAAGCUGAAUUUAUAGUUUCAUA